UUCAGUGACAUUUUCCUUUUCGUCGUCCAUUUUACGUGUGCACGUGUUUUGAGUGCCAGUGAGCGCAAAUUUAUACGCCAUGGCGCCAAAAGGUAACAAUAUGAUUCCGAAUGGCCAUUUCCACAAGGAUUGGCAGCGAUUCGUCAAGACGUGGUUCAAUCAACCGGCCCGGAAAUUUCGCAGGCGACAGAACCGGAUUAAAAAAGCAAAAGCUAUAGCACCCAGGCCAGCUGCCGGCCCUUUAAGGCCCGUUGUGAGGUGUCCCACUGUUAGGUAUCACACCAAAGUACGCGCAGGUCGUGGUUUCACUCUUCAAGAAUUGAAAGCUGCAGACUUAAACCCCAGAUUCGCUCGUACUAUUGGUAUUGCUGUAGACCCAAGGAGGCGUAACAAAUCUGUUGAAUCAAUCCAAAUAAAUGCCCAACGUCUUAAGGAAUAUAAGGGUAGAUUGAUUCUAUUCCCCAUUCAUGGUAAGAAGAAGCUCCGCAAGGGAGAAGCUUCUGAAGAGGAAAGGAAAGUCGCAACCCAAUUGACUGGAGAGGUUUUGCCCAUUAAGCAGUCCACACUGAAGAUGAAAGCCAGAGUGCCGACAGAGCAGGAGAAAAAAUUCAAGGCCUAUGUGACCUUAAGAAAAGCACGUGCUGAUGCUAGACUGGUUGGUAUUCGUGCUAAGCGGGCAAAAGAUGCUGCUGAAAAUCCCGAUGAUAUAUCCAAAGCUGGUAAAGAGAAGAAGGCCAAGAAGUAGACCAUUCUUGUUUAAUUUUGUAAGAGGUUUAAAAUAAAGUUUCUUAAGUGAUGAA